UUGGGGGAUUUCGGUGCAUGACAGGGAGAACGCUCGGGACUACUCGGGACUACUCGGGUCUGGUCGGGUCGUCCUUGAAGUGAGCAGCGUGAGGAGUGUGAGAGACAGUCGGGGGUUUGUUGUUUUUUAUUUUAUAGAGUAGAGAAGCUUUGGGAAUCACCAUGCCGGUGUUUCACACCAAGACGAUCGAGAGUAUCCUGGAGCCGGUGGCGCAGCAGAUCUCUCACCUGGUCAUCAUGCAUGAAGAGGGAGAAGUUGAUGGGAAGGCGAUUCCUGACCUGAGUGCACCGGUGGCCGCUGUGCAGGCAGCUGUCUGCAAUCUAGUGCGGGUAGGGAAGGAAACAGUACAAACCACAGAAGAUCAGAUCAUGAAGAGAGACAUGCCUUCAGCCUUUAUUAAAGUCGAGAAUGCCUGCACAAAGCUGGUGGAAGCAGCUCGGAUGCUAAAAGCUGAUCCAUAUUCUGUUCCUGCUCGAGAUUACCUUAUUGAUGGCUCGCGUGGUAUCCUCUCAGGCACUUCAGAUCUGCUGCUCACCUUUGAUGAGGCAGAGGUGCGUAAAAUCAUUCGUGUGUGUAAGGGGAUCCUGGAGUACCUGACAGUAGCGGAGGUGGUGGAAACCAUGGAGGACUUAGUCACAUACACUAAAAACCUCGGACCAGGUAUGACCAAGAUGGCAAAGAUGAUUGAUGAGCGGCAGCAGGAACUGACGCACCAGGAGCAUCGCAUGAUGCUGGUUAACUCCAUGAACACAGUGAAGGAGCUGCUGCCCGUCCUCAUAUCAGCUGUAAAAAUCUUCGUGACCACCAAAUCAACCAGGAGCCAUGGUGUGGAGGAGGCUAUGAAGAACAGGAAUUAUACCUUUGACAAGAUGAGCGCUGAGAUCAAUGAGAUCAUUAGAGUGCUUCAGCUGACCUCCUGGGAUGAAGAUGCCUGGGCGAACAAGGACACAGAGGCCAUGAAGCGAGCGCUGUCCCUGAUCGAGUCAAAGAUGAAUCAGGCUAAAGCCUGGCUCAAAGAUCCUAAUGGUCUACCAGGUGCUGCAGGUGAACAUGCUCUGCGACAGAUUCUGGAUGAAGCUGGGAAAGUGGGGGAGCUCUGUGCUGGGAAGGAAAGGAGGGAGAUUCUGGGAAUGGCCAAGACCUUGGCACAGAUGACGGAUCAGGUGUCGGAUGUGCGUGCCAGAGGACAGGGACCGACGCCUGUGGGUAUGCAGAAGGCUCAGCAGGUGGCUCAGGGUUUGGACAUGCUAGUGGGGAAAGUGGAGAAUGCUGCUCGCAAACUGGAGGCUCUGAGUAAUGCCAAGCAGUCCAUCGCUAAAAGAAUCGAUGCUGCUCAGAGCUGGCUGGCUGAUCCCAACGGAGGUCCUGAAGGAGAGGAGAACAUCCGGGCUCUGCUAGCCGAGGCCAAGCGGAUCGCUGAUCUGUGUGAGGACCCCAAGGAGAGAGAUGACAUUCUGCGCUCCAUCAGCGAGAUAGCUGGUCUCACCGCCAAACUGGCAGAUCUGCGCAGACACGGUAAAGGUGAUACCCCUGAAGCCAGACUGCUGGCCAAACAGAUUGGCACGGCUCUGCAGAACCUACAGGCCAAGACCAACCGUGCAGUGGCCAACAUGCGACCCGCCAAGGCUGCCCUGACCCUGGAGGGCAAAAUGGAGCAGGCGCAGCGCUGGAUCAACAACCCCAGUGUGGAUGACCAUGGAAUAGGUCAGGCUGCCUUCCGUGGGCUGAUUGCAGAAGGCCGUAGGUUGGCGAAUUCUUUGCCAGGUCCGUACAGACAGGAGCUGUUGGCGAAGUGUGAGCGUCCCGAGCAGCUGAUGUUGCAGUUGUGCGAUCUGGCGGCGCGAGGAGAAGGAGAAAGUCCUCAGGGUCGAGCCGUGGCUGCUCAGCUUCUCGAUGCUCUGAAAGAUUUGAAAGCGAAGAUGCAGGAGGUGAUGACUCAGGAGGUGUCUGAUGUGUUUAGUGACACUACGACACCCAUCAAGCUCCUGGCUGUGGCAGCAACUGCUCCAACUGAGACCCCCAACCGGGAUGAGGUGUUUGAUGAAAGAUCCUCUAAUUUUGAGAACCAUGCUAACAGGCUGGGGGCAACAGCAGAGAAAGCGGCUGCUGUCGGCACAGCCAACAAGAGCACAGUGGAGGGGAUCCAGGCCACAGUAAAGUCAGCCAGAGAGCUAACACCUCAGGUCAUUUCUGCUGCACGAAUUUUGCUGAAGAACCCUGGCAACCAAGCAGCUUAUGAACACUUUGACACCAUGAAAAACCAGUGGAUCGACAACAUUGAGAAAAUGACGGGAUUGGUAGAUGAAGCUAUCGAUACUAAAUCCCUCCUGGAUGCCUCAGAAGAAGCCAUUAAAAAAGACAUUGAUAAGUGCCGUGUGGCUAUGGCGAACGUCCAGCCCCAGCUGUUGGUAGCUGGAGCCACCAGCAUUGCCAGACGGGCUAACCGGAUACUUCUAGUGGCUAAAAGAGAAGUGGAGAACUCUGAAGACCCAAAGUUCAGAGAGAUGGUUAAAGCAGCGUCAGAUGAACUGAGUAGAACGAUCUCACCCAUGGUAAUGGAUGCCAAGGCUGUGGCAGGAAACAUCCAGAAUCCAGGUCUUCAGAAGAGCUUUUUGGAUUCAGCUUAUAGAAUUCUUUCUGCUGUCGGAAAAGUAAGAGAAGCUUUUCAGCCUCAGGAGCUUGACUUCCCUCCUCCUCCUCCAGAUCUGGAUCAACUACAGGUAAAUGAUGAGCAGGCCCCUCCAAAACCACCUCUCCCUGAAGGAGAAGUUCCUCCCCCCAGACCUCCACCUCCUGAGGAGAAGGACGAGGAGUUUCCCGAGCAGAAAGCCGGGGAGAUGGUGAGCGAGCCGAUGAUGGUGGCUGCCAGACAACUGCACGAUGAAGCCCGCAAGUGGUCUAGCAAGCCCCAGCCCCAGCCCCAGCCCGAAGUGACAGACGAGCGUUUUGUGACCGCUGCGGCGGCCAUAGAUUUAGACGAUGAGGACGAGUUCACAGACAACGAGGACGAUUACGAGCCUGAACUGCUCUUAAUACCCUCCAAUCAGCCUGUUAACCAGUCCAUGCUGGCUGCCGCACAGUCACUGCACCAGGAAGCUCGCAAGUGGUCCAGUAAGGGUAACGACAUUAUUGCAGCAGCCAAACGAAUGGCCCUGCUGAUGGCUGAGAUGUCACGUCUGGUCCGCGGAGGCAGUGGCAACAAACGAGCUCUGAUCCAGUGCGCCAAAGACAUCGCCAAGGCCUCUGAUGAGGUCACACGACUGGCUAAGGAGGUGGCCAAGCAGUGCACUGAUAAACGCAUUCGCACCAACCUACUGCAGGUGUGUGAGCGUAUUCCAACCAUCAGCACUCAGCUGAAGAUUCUGUCUACAGUAAAGGCUACAAUGCUGGGACGUACCAACAUCAGUGAGGAGGAAUCAGAGCAGGCUACUGAGAUGUUGGUCCACAAUGCACAAAACCUGAUGCAGUCGGUGAAGGAGACGGUCAGAGAGGCGGAGGCAGCUUCCAUUAAGAUCCGUACAGACGCAGGCUUUACCCUGCGCUGGGUUCGUAAAACCCCCUGGUACCAGUAAAGCGCUCGUUUCUUCCUUCACAUCCCUCCUUCUGCCUUUCACACUGAGAUACAGUGGUCUGACGGGGUAAAGUAAUGAAAGGACCCUGAUGGACACUGAUCAGAAACUACUUAUACUUCACUUACUUAAUGCCUCACGGUUGGCUUUGUGCAGGAACUGUUCUGUUGGUACGUUUCUUAUGAUUGCUCUUGUCUCUCGAUCUCUCACUGCUUCGUUUAAUGAGUAGUAUCACACAGGAAGAAGAUUUUAAUAUAUUUUUGGUAUGUUGGGUUUCCAGAAUAUCAGGUAUAUCUAUUUUUUUGCAUGGAGAGUUUUUUUUUUUCUAUUUUGUAUUGAAGGACUAUAGCUCAGCCUCUUUAAUGCCUUUCUCAACUAAUGAUUUUCGUAUUUAAAGUGUAUAUAUUUAUAUUUCUUAUUGCUGUCUACACCAGGUUACACAAUUAAAUGCACAACUUAAGAGAAUGUUUUUAGCUUUACUGAGACUCACACAAGCUAAUUUUACCUUUAACUCACCUUUACAUGAAGCAUUACAGAAGGAAAGAAUAGUAUUUAUUGUGCAAUGGUUUUCUCUUGAAUGCCUCACGUAUUAAUGCCAAAGAUUCUGUUUGUUGGUCGUAUAAUCUUGGAAAUGUAUGGAAAUGUUUACUGUGUGACGAAUGUAUUUGAGCUUUAAUGAAGAUUUAAUCUCAGUUUUGGUCAUUUCUAGAGCCUUUAUAAGACUACAUUAAAAAGCUUUUUAUCUCUC